AUGAUUCAUCUAAGAAAAGAGCCAAAAUACAUUGUAACUCUCAUCAGCUUAUUACUACCAUUCACCUUUCUCCUAAUGUUCUUACCAACCGUCGUUUCAUCUCAUUCCCUCCACAAAACGCAGCAUCUUACAUCCUCAGGUAACAUCAUCGAGCUCCUCGUCGCCACGUUAAACCAAACCAUCUCCAAGGUCAAUCUUUCUUCCUCAAACUUCUCCAACCUCCAAACGAGUCUCGGCUCAAACCUAACACAUCGCGACCGUUGCGCGUUUGGUGACUGUCUCGAGCUACUCGAUGACACUGUCUUGGAUCUCACCACCGCUAUUUCCGAGCUCCAGUUUCCUUCGCCGGAGCUCUACAGCGUCAGUAUGUUGCUCAGCGCCGCUAUGACGAAUACACGAACGUGUCUUGAUGGCUUCGCCUCUAGCGACCACGACGAGAAUACUAAUGGUAAUAGUAAGACGACGUAUGGAGUUGCUGAGAGCAUGAGGGAGAGUCUUUUCAAUAUCUCUAGACAUGUCAGGGAAUCAUUGGCUAUGCUUGAGAAUAUUCCAGGAAAAUUAGAUAAUGAUGUUGGGUUUCGGACGUGGGUCGACCGGAAACUCCUUCAGGAUCCGACGGAUGGGACUAAGUUUGAUCUGGUGGUGUCUCAAAAUGGUAGCGGAAACUUCACAACCAUUGGUGAAGCCGUGUCGGCCGCUCCCAACUCGAGCGAAACCAGAUUUGUGAUAUGUAUAAAGUAUGGAGUAUAUUUCGAGAACAUAGAAAUACCGAGGGAGAAAACGAUGAUAAUGUUUGUCGGAGACGGAAUCGGACGGACACUAAUAAAAGCUAAUCGCAGCGGCGCAGAUGGAUGGACAGCAUUCAACUCUGCUACUGUGGGCGUAAGAGGUAGUGGCUUCAUAGCUAAGGACAUAUCAUUCGUGAACGAUGCUGGACCGACCAAACACCAGGCUGUGGCGUUGAGAAGCGGGUCUGACCUCUCUGCUUUUUACAGAUGCAGCUUUGAAAGCUACCAAGACACCAUUUACGUCCACUCUCACAAACAGUUCUAUAGAGAAUGCGAUAUAUAUGGCACGGUCGAUUUCAUAUUUGGUGACGCAGCGGCUGUGUUCCAGAACUGUAGUCUCUAUGCUCGUAGACCAAAUCCAAACCAGAGAAUCACAUAUACUGCUCAAGGUCGAGAAGAUCCUCGUCAACCCACGGGUAUUUCUAUAAUAAACUGCAAGAUCUUGGCUGCUCCCGAUUUGAUCCCUGUGAAGGUUGACUUUAAAGCAUACUUAGGUCGUCCAUGGCAAUUAUAUUCCAGAACGGUUAUUAUAAAAUCGUUUAUUGAUGAUUUGGUAGAUCCAGAUGGAUGGUUGAAGUGGAAAGACGAGUUUGCUCUUGACACUUUAUAUUUUGGAGAGUAUAUGAAUGAAGGGCCUGGUUCGAACAUUACAAACCGGGUCAAAUGGUCUGGUUUUAAACCUAUUGAAACCGCAAUAGAAGCAACUCAGUUCACUGUCGGUCCGUUUAUUGAUGGUAACAAAUGGCUUAACUCUACUGGAAUUCCUUUUACUCCGGAUCUCUAAGCAUGAUGUUGUAUAUUUAGAAAUCUAAUGGGUUAUAUGUUUAAAUUACAUUGCAAAAUAUGUUCUCUAAAGAAGAACUAGGGUUCGACGGCAGGCCUCUGCAUGUAUUUUUC